CUACACAUCUUAAUGUUAGCAAGAAAGUCGAGAAAUGUCGUUAAACAACACAACGUUCGAUGCUACAGAUCAUCAGUUAGUUAACUGGUAACGUUAGGGUUUACCAGUUGUUGGGUUCACACGUAUUAAAAACCCUUGUCUGUGCUAAGCAGGGAUCUGGUCUGACCCCGUGUGAAGAAUGGAGGCUACACAGGUGAUCUCAGACUCAUUCCUGGAGUCAGAUGAGUCAGAAAAUGAAGAUGAGGAUGAAAAUAAGAGGGGUCCACCAUUGGCUAAACUGUGCAUUUUAAAAAAUGAGCUCGUCCCUGAGACAGAGUUGCCCCUGUUUUUGGGAAAUAAUGUGCUGGGCCGUGACCUCAGCGCUUGCACCCUGCACUUGCCAGCGCCCUCAAUAUCUAAGCAGCAUGCCACCAUCAGCCUCUCGGUCUACAGCAGAAGAGGUCGUCGCAGUGAAGGGGAUGUAGAGGCUCUGGUGUGGGACCUUGGGAGCAUGAAUGGGACCCGCAAAGGCCGCUUAAAGCUGACGCCAAACGUACGCUACGCCCUCAGUGAUGGUGACAGUUUGGUGGUGGCAGACAUCCCGUGUCAGUAUGUCAGCUGCACUGUAGACGCAAAGUCUUCACAAGAGGGCAUGAGGACUCCUGUGAGCAGGAAUAUGGUGGUAAAGGCUGGGUCACUGUAUGUCACUGAAAAAGAGGGAGGUGACAAAAGCACAGACAGCAAGAAAUUUGAAAACAGAGACACAAAGGCGAGAGUGUCAUCAACCAAGACUCCCGUCAGGGCCGGUUGCCUCUUCUUAGAGCAAACUCCAACCCAGCCAGAGGGGACCCUGGUCCCAGAAUCUGACGCGGACUCAGAUGGAGAAAGAGAGGGAGGAGGCAGAGGGCGUAUGGCAUUAGUGUCUGACUCUGACUCCCAUAAAUCUAGUCCUGCUUGUUCUACAUUCUUGAGUCCCACAAACAAAGUCGUCCCUGAAAGUGAGGAUGAAAGUCCCAUCACACCAUCCUCCUCCUCUAAAAAUAGGCCGUACAGAAAUGUCAGAUUCAGCAAGGAAGAGACAGAAGAAGACGUGGCUGGACAGCGGCUGGAGGAAAAAAAGACACAUGCGAUUGUGGAUGACAGUGAAGAAGAGGAAGGAAGAGAGAAAGAAACAGUCACACCAGAGGAAACCAAGUCUAAGGAAAGUGGACCGCAUGUACCAGUGACACAGGGAGGAAAUGUCAGUUUUAUGGGAGAUGAUGAAUUGCCUGUGUCUACAUCAGCAGUCACCAAAGAUGUGAUCCUUCUACUUAACAUGGACAGUGACACUGAUGUGGAGGGAGAGGAGGAAGAGGUGUCAUCUGCAGGUCCUGUGACCUUGAACAUAAACCAAGUCAGUCAGCCACCAAACACUGCCCACUUUCACAUGGACAGUGAUACAGAUGAGGAUGAAGAUGCCUUGGACAAAGAUCUUAAAGCUGGGACUUCCUCUGAUGACAGUACCAAACUUUCUCAUGUUAAUUCAGCCAUUGAGCCGGAGGGGAUUACUUUGGACAGUGACACUGAUGUGGAUGACGAUGCUGCUUUGUCAGACGCUGACACAAAAACAAAUCCCAUAUCCGUUCAGAGUGCAUCCACAGCUGACACUGCUCCUUCAAUGCAGCCGAAAGAUUUCCACCUCGACAGUGACACAGAUAUUGACGAUGAAGACGAAAGAGAAUGUGCAACAAAUGAAUCAAGCUCUAAAAUAGAUGAAAUUUCCAUUAAAUUGGAAACGAAGCCAGCUGGGCCUGAAUCUGCCGCUGCUGCUCCUCAUGGCCUACAUUUCGAAAGUGACACGGAUGAUGAAGAGAUCCCUGCCCCUACCCUCAAUGAACCCCCGGUGGUGUCUGCUGGAGCCACAGACUCACGCACCGCUGCAGACCGAGGGGUCGCUAUUCUGUCUGACAGUGACACAGACAUGGAAGACGAUUCACCUCAGGUUAUGUCUGUAGCUGUCACAACCUUGUCGGCCUCUCCUGGUACCAAGCCAGCCGCCCUGGAGUCAGAUUCUGAUGCAGACACAGAUGUGGAGGGGUCAGGCCCGGGCGGAUCCAAACCAACUGACCUCGGAUUGGACAGUGAUACAGAUGUGGAGGAUAAGGAGGCAGACAUUGACGAGGCAGGUGAUGACCAUCUCCCUAACUUAAGUAGAGAAAACACACCUGGGCUGAUGGUUCCUCUUCUGCAGAACUGCUCUACUCCUGUACAACUGCCAGAAGGAGAGGUGGAAAAAAUGGAUACUCAGGCUUUCGUGAGUCCCUCUUCAGUUCCAUUUCGGGGUGCUGUAGCUGCUGCUGUAAGACCUGUAGCAUUGUCGUCUUGCUCAGACAGCCAGGAGGAGGAGGACUAUUUUGUUGCUGAGACGCAGUCCUUCAUUCUUCAGAACCGAGACUUCCAUAGCAGGCGUCCAGAGGAUCAUGCCAUGGAACCCACCCAAGCUUUUUGCCCUGAAACUUCUGGUGAUGAAACUGAUCAACCAUCCUGCAGAGAAAGGUCUUUUCAACUGGGAUUGUCUGGCAGCAUCCACCGGCAGUGUACGGCCCAAGCUCUAGCCAUGGAGAACACCCAGGCGUUUGUGGAAAGAGGUGUGAAUAUGGAAGAUACCCAAGCAUAUGCAACUACUUCAACUGCAGACAGAACCUCUGCCGACAAUGAUGCAAUUCUGGAGGCUACACAGGACUAUGAAGAGGACGAGGAGCCACCCAGAUAUCCUGAAAAAGAAGGGCCGACGGUUUUGGUUCUAGAAGAAACACAGGCAUAUAUUACAAAGCCAGACAGUGAUUCAGAGAGUGAGACGGAUGAAGAUGAGAGAAAAAAUAUUACUGCUACUGCUGAGACUCAGCCUUUUGGCUUUACUACUCCAUGUACUCCUACCAUGGCUGAAAUCCAACCAAUAUCUGCCUUCGAGGAAGAGGAGAGCGUGGCAGAAGAGAGCCAAGAACGUGGGGGGACACUUCAACCUCAGCAAAGAAUGUCUGGUGAGGUUUUAUCAAUAGCUCAAACUCACAAACUGGAAAGAGGUGUGAAUAUGGAGGAUACCCAAGCAUAUGCAACUACUUCAACUGCAGACAGAACCUCUGCCGACAAUGAUGCAAUUCUGGAGGCUACUCAGGACUAUGAAGAGGACGAGGAGCCUGCCAGAUAUCCUGAAAAAGAAGGGCCGACGGUUUUGGUUCUAGAAGAAACACAGGCAUAUAUUACAAAGCCAGACAGUGAUUCAGAGAGUGAGACGGAUGAAGAUGAGAGAAAAAAUAUUACUGCUACUGCUGAGACUCAGCCUUUUGGCUUUACUACUCCAUGUACUCCUACCAUGGCUGAAACCCAACCAAUAUCUGCCUUCGAGGAAGAGGAGAGUGUGGCAGAAGAGAGCGAGGAACGUAGGGGGACACUUCAACCUCAGCAAAGAAUGUCUGGUGAGGUUUUAUCAAUAGCUCAAACUCAGCCUAUGAAUACAUGUAGCAAUGGGGAAAGUGAUGAUGAAGAAGAGGAGCAGACACAGCCUCUCACUGGUUCAGAUUUAUCAGUUGCUGAAACCCAGCCAAUGCACAUUGUUUGUGCAGAAACUCAGCCCAUGGUUACAAGUGAUGAGGAGGACUUGAUGCCAGGCCCACGAAAAAGAAAAGAAAAGCAGCUGUCUGAAGAAUCACUGACACAAACGCUCACAAACUCUGAGGUCUCUGCAGCUGAAACUCAGCCAGUAGAUCCAGUUGAAGGUGGGGAUAGUGAUGUGGAUGACUCGAUUCCAGUUUUUAAAAGACGACGAGCAAAACCACUUCAACUUUCGCAGACGCAAUCCCUCUCUGGCUCUGAAGCCUUUGCUGCUGAAACUCAGCCCAUGGCUACAAGUGAUGAUGAGGACUUGAUGCCACGCCAACGAAAAAGAAGAGCAAAGCAGCUGUCUGAAGAAGAGCUGACACAAACACUCACAAAUUCUGAGGUCUCUACAGUUGAAACUCAGCCAGUAGAUCCAGUUGAAGGUGGGGAAAGUGAUGAAGAAGACUCGAUUCCAGUUUUUAAAAGACGACGAGCAAAACCACUUCCACUUGAGGCGACACAAUCCCUCUCUGGCUCUGAAGCCUUUGCUGCUGAAACUCAGCCCAUGGGUGCACAUGAGGGUGAGCAAAGUGACAAAGAAGACUCAGUUCCUGGCCCACGAAAAAGCAAAGCAAAGCAACUGCGACUUGAAGAAGUGGAGACACAGCCUCUUAGUGUUGGAACUCAGCCAAUGGAAACAGGUGAAGACAAGGAGAGUAAAGAUGGAGACUCGAUUCCAGGUCCAGGAAAAAGAAAGGCAAAGGCUCUGCAGCUUGAAGAGGAGGAGACGCAACCGCUCACGAGUUCUGAGGUCGCUGCUGUUGAAAGUCAAGUGACACAAUCUGAAGCUGGAACCAGUGGAAUCAUUGUUAGGGACAAACGACGGACAAGGGCAACAAAAAGAGAGGAGGAAGAGCAGACAGAGUGUUCAGGAUCGCCAAAGAGACAAACGAGAGGGAAGAGUAAAGCUUUGCCAACUAUCAAAGGAAGAAGGGGGAAAUCUGGGCCUGUUGGGGAUGUAAGUGAGGAAGAGGAGGAUUUAGAGCAGGGUAGGAGAACAAGGGGGAGAACAUUUACAAGGCAACAGAAAGGCAAUGAAGAAGAUGGAGGAAAGUCUGAAUUUGAAAGAAAUAAACCUGCGGAGAAUGGCAACAGAAUAAAGAAAAAAACUAAAGCAUUGGGAGAGGAGAGAGGUGUUGUAGACCUAAGAAAUACAGAGAGAGAAAAGAGGGAGAAUGAGGAAAUAGUGAGGCAUAGAAUGGAAGAACAAGAAAGAUUGCAUGUUGAAAACAUGGAGAGGAUUCAACUUGAACAGGAAACAGCAGAGAAAGAGAGAAAGGAGCAAGAAAAAAAGGAAAGAGUGGAGAAAGAAAAAAAGAAACUAGAAGACAGAGAAACGGCUGCUCGAAUACAAAAAGAAAAAGAGCAAUUGGAGAAGAAAAAAAGAGACAAUGACGAAAUAGAGAGAUUGGAGCGUGAAAAGGCAGAAUGUGAAGAGAGGGAGAAAUUGGAAAGGGAAAGAAAGGAGCAGGAAGAGAAAGAGAGAUUGGAAAAAGAAAAGAGGGAAUUAGAAGAGAGACUUGAGACGGAGAGCAGGGAAGAGGAACACCAAGCAAGGCUGCAGAGGGAAGAAAGAGUAAGACUGGAGAAAGAAAAAGAGACCAAAGAAAAGCCAAUAAAAGAACAACAAGAAAACAAAUCCAAAGUGUCAAUAGGAGGUCGAAGAGCAAUGAAAAACACUACAGUUGCCGCAUGUUUAACAGAGCAGGACUCGGCUGUAUUGGCCGAAGAUGAUGUCCCAGCGAGGAGAACCAGAUCUCGCUCCAACUCCUCCAACUCAAUCAGCUCCGAGAGAUCUGUGUCAAGCAUCAACACCCAGCAGGGCCGUGGGAGAGGUCGAGGCAGAGGAGCAAGAAGGACCAGUGAGCCACCUAAGACGGCCGUCGUCAGAAGAGGCAACAGGAGGAGGACGGUGGCUGCAGAGACAACAGAGCAGGACAAUAAUGAUGGAGUCCUUUCCAGGUCUAACUCCUCCAAUUCUCUCAACUCUGAUAUUUCAAGCUACAGUGUGAGCUCACAAAGCCGAGGAGGAAGAGGAGGCAGACAGCGGGGAAGACCACAGAUAACAGAGGCUGAGCCAGACUCUAUCCCUCCUAUCAAUAGUCAGAGUGAUCGGAAUUCUGCUACCAAACCUGCAGCCAGAGGUAGGAAGGGCAGGAAAACUGAGCCAUCCUCUAGUGCGGUUCCUCAGGAAGAUGAUGCAGAGAAGGCAGAUUCACAGCAGGCUCCUACCACAAGGGGACAGCGCAGAGCCACGACAAACAUCUCUGAAUCCUCUGCUGCAGACGAGGAGAAGCAGUCCAAUCAGGACGAAGGUCACGGCAGUGAGGAAUCACGUCCUCCUAAGAGGAAUGUCUUGGGUAGAGCCCAAAAAUCAGGAGCCUCUGCAGCCAGUAAUGGAGAUGAGGCUAAAAACAAAAGACAAGGGAGGAAGAGAGAGCUGGAGCCAAAUAUAGAGGAAGAAUCUCACAGUAGCACCAACAUUUCUAUAGUGAAAGUCCAAGCAGUAGAGACAACACAGGAAGGAAGAAAAGAUGAAAGCCAAGAUGAGAAUCCUGUCCAGGCUAAGAGGAGAGGUAGAGCAUUGAAUGCUCAAGUCAAGAAGGACACAAAUGCAUCUCCUGUUGAAGUGGAGUUGAAAAUAGAGAAGGAGAAUGUCGAGAAGAAGGGCAGAAGUCGGCCAUCAGCGGUCCAGAAAAAAAGGGAAGAGGAGCAAGAAGAGAGUGGAACAUCUGCCAAUUCCACAACACGGGAGGCCAAAGUGCAGACUCCAGAGCCACAGACUCCAACCAGCAGAGUAUCCCGGAAGCGACAGGCUCCAGCGGACUCCUCUCCUGUGGCAAAGACUCCUCGCUCCUCCUCCUCGUCUUCCCCUGCAGCUCGAGGUCGACUGCAAGCUGCGAGUCCUGCCUACAAAGUGCUGUUCACAGGCGUGACGGAUGAAGCCUGGGAGAGAGUGCUGGCUCGUCUGGGAGGCAGCGUGGCUAAAGGUGUGGCAGACAUGGACUGCCUGGUGACCGAUCAAGUGCGCAGGACUAUCAAGUUCCUCUGUGCGGUGGCCAAAGGAAUCCCAAUUGUCACCACAUGCUGGUUGGAAAAGAGCGGCAAAGCUGGGAGCUUCCUGUCACCUCAUGCAUUUGUUGUGAAGGAUCCGGAGCAGGAGAAGAAGUUUGGUUUCUGCCUGCAGACGUCUCUGACGAUUGCCCGCAGUCAUCUUCUAUUACAGGGAUAUGAGAUCCAUGUUACGAAAUCAGUGAAGCCGGAGCCAGCUCAAAUGAAAGACAUAAUCUCCUGCAGUGGAGCAACAUUUCUACCCAAGAUGCCGUCUUCUCCCAAGCCUCGGACUGUGGUGAUUUCCUGCGAGGAGGACUGGUCACUGUGCGGCCCGGCCGUCUCUUCAUCCCUCCCAGUCGUCACUGCCGAGUUCAUUCUCUCAGGAAUCCUUCAGCAGAAAGUCGACAUUCAAACACACGCACUCCCUGCUCCUGUCAUUAAUGCAGGAGGCAGAAGAAGGGGCAGGAACAAGACAUAGCAUGGCUACAGUCAUUCACCUUCACAGUGUAUUUGCGGUUAAUCUGCACAAGUGUUUUUGAUCUUAUAAUCUCCAGAUACCCUUUCAAACAAGAGACCUACAGAAGCACUAGUGACUCAGCUGUCUGUCUCUAUUAAGGACUUAUGUGUUAAAAGUUGAUUGUACAUUAAUGUAAAGACAUUUUGUACAUAUAUUGUCAGCACUGGAAGCCUGCGUGUCAUUUUGCCAUUUAUGUUAAAAAACAAAUUUUAUAGGUACAACAAAAAUAUAAGAGAGUGAUGUGAGAAGCUUUGCAGGAUGUACAAUUAGGGUCCUUGUGGCUCCCCUCCUCCUCCUUUGUGUUCCAUCCCUCGUUUUAUACAUCAACAACCAACAGAGCACGAAUUAACACGGCUAAAUUGCUGCUACUCAGUAUGCUAAGUGCUUAAACUUAAUCAGCACUUUUGGCAGGUGACCAACCAUGAUGCAGGGAGUUGUAUAAAUCAUGUUAGGAUGGUGGAGCGCUGGAACCGAUGGGAAGUGUUUAGAAAUCCAUCAGCUACAGCUGUUAGAUGACUAGGGGUAAAAAAAAUCCGGUUUCCUUUCCUGAUAAGAAGUAGUGCAUAUAGUGCCUUUUAUACUGAGGAAGUCAAGAACCUAACAGUGUAUUUGUUGUUUCUAUGCCUCCAUUAACCACCACCACCUACUCCAUUAAGGCCUCGUCCAAUCCUAUUACCUCCACAGAUGAGCGGAGUGUAUGCACCCGAAUGCUGAUGCUGCCUCUACAUCAAUAUCUUAUGAUGUUUGUCCUUGCCAUGCAUUCACCUACUGUCUCUUUACUUUUUUCAGCUUUGAAGGUAUGUUGUAGUUGUCUGGUAAAUGUCAUUGGUGUUUUAAAAACAGACCCUUCAGCUCUAACAAAUCAUGAAAUCAGUCUGUACUGUCAAUGAAAACAUUAAACAUUUCCUAUUGCCUUUAA